CAACAUUGACAAUUAGAAAAUAUGAUCGUGCGCAUAAUUUAUGUGGUAGCCAUUAUUAAUUUAUGCAGCUGUCAAUUUAUAAAAGUAAAGAGACUCCGCGAUGGCGAUGAGUUUAAUUCCAGCUCGACAAAGUGUACCUCUUACGGAGGAGUAUUUAACGCUGACGUAUGCAAGUGCAAGAACGUAAACAAACAUGGCACCUUAUUAACCAACCAAAAUGGAAGAAUUAGAUGUGCGUACAAUGAAGCUGGAGAAACAGGUUGCAACAUUCGUUUCCUGGAAGGACAAGUUAUUAAUUUUAUCGACACAAUUGCUCGAAGUCCUAUUGGCAGCUUAAGCAGAGAUGCAUUGCAGCCCUUGUCACGUGUUCAUUGUUCAAAAGUUGGACUGAUUGACGUAGAACGGUGGGAAGGAAAUUGGAGAAAAUUUUCAGAUCAUAAAAUGAAAAUUAUUUACAAUGAUCCAUAUCAACUUGAUUGGUCUGCGUCUCCUGUUCCAACAUGGAGUCAAGAUUUCCAUGGUUACUUGUUCAAAAUAAAUAUGCAAUGUGAUGUAAUCAAUGGAAGUAAAUUAUUGGAUUGUGUUAUGGUCAAGUUCUUUGGCAGUCAAACUUAUGAUAUUGGGAAUAUUUCAAAAACAACAACAACAACAACAACAGCAAAAACAACAAGAAUAUCAACAACAACUAGGCCAACAUCAAGAACAACUAAAUCAUCAAAUACUCUACCGUCAUCUACAAAAGCAACGACGACGUUGCCGCCGUCGUUUACGUCACAAACCUUACCGUCAACAGAAAUGACGAAAACAAGACAAACGAUGUUAGCGCCAACUACAAGUUCGAAUGAGUCUAACAACGCGGCAUUGUUCAUUGGUAUUGCUUGUGGCGCAAGUCUGCUCACGGCUAUCAUUGUGUUGUUGUAUUGCACAUGUUGCAAAAAAAGAUGCAACAAGAAGGCAGAGAUCGACACUGAAAACAACAGUAACAACAACAUCGUCUUUCUUGAUAACGAACAUGAACUAAUGGAACAUAAAGUGCUGGAACAUAAGGCGUCUGCUCCUAAUGAGUACAUGUGUCCACAGUCUGAAUCCACUACUAAUGUUUACCUCACCCCGAAUAUAGAAUUAGAAAAAUCUUAUGCGGAACCAAACUUUGCUGUUGGUCGAAGCAAAUUUUAUGGGCAAGAACCUGUUUCACCAUAUUACGUUACGAAUAUUUUACCGAAAAACAGAAGUCGCUUUCAAAAGUUUGCAGACAGUUUUAAAUCGUCGUUACAGAAAAAUUCAAGCUUAACUCACAACACGCUCUCACAGAAGCAUUCAUAUAUCGAUCUGGAUGCUCCAAAUUCUUCCACAUAUACUCAGUCAACAAAAGAAAGCGAGGUCACCCCAGAUCACAAGAUUGUGGAUAAAUCUACGGUUUCUGAUCGAAUUAGUGAGACUAAAGACACUAUUUCGCGGGAACUUGACAAGCCAGAAGCGAGCCUUGAUCAGAAAUUACCUUUAAAUCAUUCAGAGCAGUCUUUUGAUGACAACGAUGAUGAAGUGGAAUAUGAUUUGCCAAACAGUGAAGAAAUUAAACAGGAACUCACUGACAACUUUUUUCUCGAUAUCGAAGACACUGGCGAUGGUGACUCUGAUUGGAGUGAACAUGACAUCACAGAGGCGAAAAAGAAUAGUGGACAGGAAGAAGAAAAAGAAGAAAAGAGAAAUAAGAACGAAACUAUUGAGGAAGGACUAAGUAAAGAAGAUAAGAAAUCAAAUCAAGUUGAGGAAAAAGGUGAAGAAGUACAAGACAAACAGCAGAAACCGAUGCCAAUGCCAAGACCUUUGUAUAGACCAGUGACAAAAUCAGUACCUAAACCAUCCCCAAGACGCAAGUCUACACAAGAAACUCAAAAGGUAACCAAUCAGGAUGAUGAUUCCCAACCAUCUUCUGCCAUCCAGGAAGAGACUAAUACUAACUUUCUAAAUACAUCAGAAGAACAAUAUCAAACGCUUGGAACUCGUUCCUUGCAGCGGUAUCAAUCUUUAAAUAAAUUCGUAAAAUAAACAUCGACCGCUUUGACUUGCUUAAUCUUUUAUACUUUUUUAUUAUUACUUCUAAAAUACUAUUCUAAAAGGGCUGCAACCAGGUAGCUUUCAUUUUUUUUUAAUUGGUCAACUGUUUAUGUUAAAAAAUUGCUGAAUGUGGUACCACCUUUUAUACUCAUUUUCUGUAUUGCUUCAAAAGUAAUAUUAUAAAGUGUGGCAAUAUAGAAAACCAGUUUACAUACAAAACUUACGUACAAGAAAUCUAAUCUACUUUGAACUUAAUUAUAUGAGGUGAGUUGGCUCGCUGUUGGCCCUGUUUGCGGGACAAGUUGUUUGAAAAGAUUGCAUAUUAUAUGGGAAAAUUCAACCCGGGAUAAGACCUACGCUGCCGGAUUGAACAAAAAUGCGCGUAAUUUUUUAAAAAUGGCGGAUGGAAGAUGUAAACAAACAAGCGCAAGUAAAUCAAAAUUCUAAAUCAAAGUUCUAUAGUCUAAUUAAAUUUCUAGUCUGCUGCUUCGCUCGCCAUUAUUGUUUUUAUUUCGUUUUGGAUCGCAAUGCGCAUGCUCUUCUUUUUCAACCCGGCGUCAGGUUCGGCAAAGUGAUAUUAUAUGAACCAAGUCAACCCACUAACCUAAUCCGGGUUGAAGAAAACGAGGCAGGUUGACUCACCUCAUAUAAUGUCAAAUAUUUUUUAGUACUGAUCUGCCAUUAUGCCGAGCUGUUUAAUUUUGUGGCGAGCCAACACCUAGCCAACUCGCCUCAUACAAUGAGGCUCGUACACGAUCUUUUUUAUAAGCAACUGAACUCGAUUUAAGCAACUCUUUAAACUUUAAAAAUCAAAACACUUAAAAGAAAGAACUAAAACUCGCAGAAAAAUAAAACUUCAAUGAUUUCUUCCUUAAACGAACUAGGUGAGGAUAGAAAUAUUUUUGAUGUUUUUUUUAAUUAAUCCGUUGUUUCUUGGCUUCAAAAGAGUUCUUCUCGUAUUUUCCUGAAUAAAAUUACACAACCAUAAAGCAACUUUAGAUCUAGACAUUAGCCGAAAAACAAGCAACUUGAACUGUUACUAAAAUUUUAAGUUGUUUAUAAAAAAAAAUGUGUAUAAUGACCAGCAGCGAAAACACGUGUUCUCAGAAAGAUGAUGACGUUAUACCAAAAUUGCUGAGAUCAGCAAAAUUUUAUCUCCAUCAAUCAAUUUCCUUUACGCUAAAUUAUAUUCCUGCCGAGUUGUACCAACAUAGCUAAAGCCAUUUAAAAUUUAUUUAAGUUGGUUAAAGCCAUUCCCAAAGAUAUUUGAUACCAAAAAUGCCCAUUGUAAAUAGGUUUCAAAUAUAAUUUUAAUUUUACGUUGUAAAUAUGUAAGUAGGUUUUUUUAGUCACUGAAUUAUUUUUAUAUAACGCUGUAAAACUUUGUUCAUAACUUAUAAAUAUAAUUGUGUUUGCACUGUUAUGUUAAAACUUGAAUAAUCAAUUCUGGAGAUCAAAUGUUGAAGUGUUGUAAAGUUGUCCGAGCGGAUAUAAAACAGAAAUUUGGAAGUAUUAUUGACAGGGAGUCUUGAAAAUUGAAAAUGCCUAUUUAACCAUCUGAACACCUUUGACUGAAACAUCGUUCAACUGAUUUGUUGAUAUUACUCUGAUUUCUCCGACACAAAUGAUUGCUUUUUUUUUAAGGCAACGGGGAGUAUUUUCGCAAAAUAUAGGGGUCUCUUAUGGAAAAAGAAAUCACCAACGUUUAAUAAUAUCUCGAUAAAUUUAGCUAAAAUUCAUUUCAUUUUUGUUUUUUUGUUAUCAUAAUACGAUGUUUUUUGAAAAUAAUUUUUUUUCAGGGAGCUCAUAUAGCAAAAGUUUUGCUAAAAAUUCCUCAUUUUGAUUGUCUUUUGCUGUUGUUAAACUUGAAUCAACCCUAUUUUUGAUUUAAAUUCCAUAUUUCUGCUAGCCAACUAUCCGAUCUUAUUAAGUUCACAUGUUUAAACCUUGUUCUAUUUUGUGCUAAAAAAAACCAUUUUUACCACAGUAUUUUGCAGUUAUUGAUCCUUAGGGUGAUGAUACACGAUCCAAUUAAUCAAAUUCGAUUUAUCGAAAUUAUAUUGAGCAUUAAAAUAAAAUCUAAACUUGACAGGUGAUACACAAGAACAGAUUUUUGAUAUUUUCCUUUCGAUAAAAUGUCUUAGAGCGAAGACAGAGUUGGACUCGCUGCUGUUGGAGUUAUUAUUUCGGCAAAUAAAAAUUUAACAAAACGUUAGAAACCGUCGUAUGUGGACGAAAAGACCUGGCUGGAGAAAAGACUCAAUUUUAGAGUGUGUUAUAUGUUAUUAAACGAAUUUCUGUUAGAGGGAGAUUAUUUCAAAUUUUCUUUGAAUGUCUUCUGUAAUAAGCUACAGAGCGCUUCUUCCAACAUCCAUUCACUGAUAUCUUUUUUUGAAGACAUGAUGUUUUUAAGCGUCCUCUAGUAAUGUCUAUUUUUUAUAUAGAAACUCCACUUUUCUAAAAGCACAUUUGAUGUACAGAUUUUAAGCAUUUUAAUUCGUUAAAAGAACCUCUAUUAUUCUUAUUACUAUUAUUUACACAGGAUAGAUUCAGUUUCUAUAGGAACUGUUAUCAAUAAGAGUCCUGCGAAGGGAGUCCUACUGCAUUUAAAGCUCCCAUUUGAGCUACAGAAGGCAUGAAAGCACAACACCCGCUAAACUCAACAACCGCCUAAGAUAUCAAUCCUAUUCUCAUGCUGAGCAUUCAGCAAAAAGGAUCGAAUUACACUCGGUCGGGGUUUGAACCCAAGACCUUCCGCACUGGAGGCGAACGCUCUACCACAAGGCCACCAGUCGGUUUUCAUAUUGACGAUAACGAUUGGAGGUCACGCAUUUCGAUUAAUCGAAAAAGUUAAACCGCUAGGGUUAGGGUCUGACGGUUUAAAAAUCGAAUUCGACAAAUAUUAACAUGGCGAAAGCACAUGAUUUUUACAUGAUACACGAUCCAAUUUGUCAAAUUCAACAAAUCGAAUUCGAUUAAUCGAAUCGUGUAUCACUGUCUUAAGUCACGCAUAUUUUGAAAUCUUACUUACAGUAGUUGUCGAUCCAGUUUACUAA